AUGUUUCCUGCUCUGCCAACUCAGUGGGAGGAGAUUCUGGACUCUUUAAAACUUCAACCGGACCCCGGAGCACAAACCGAUCCAUCAUGAGGUUCUGUAAAGUUCUGCUGUGUUCAGCAGCUCUCGCUCUGCUGGCUGUUUCUGUGGAGUCCUCGUCUGGAGGAUCAACCGGGACCCACAGCUAUGACCUGUCAGGUCAGGAUCUGAUGGACCUCUACAACAAGCGAGUCUACCAAGCUGAGAAGGUUGAGAGGAGAUUAGGAAGCAGUUCAUCUCCAUUCUGGCCUUUCAGUCACACUGGGGUUCGAGUGACUCUGGAUGACGGCUCUCAGUGGUUGGUGCAUAAAGGAGACAAUUAUGGAAUCACUUCUCAGACGGUGGCGACGGAUGUUAGACACAUGAGCUCAGACUGGAAGCCAAAAGGUCAACCCAGAGACUUCCAGGGAACCAAGACGGUGGCGGACUUUGUGAGGGUCGGAGGCUCCAACUACCACGUGCUGUGGGAUAACUGCCACCAAGCAGCUGACAGGAUGAUGAACCAGUGAAGCAGAGCUUUCAGAAGACAAAACCUGAAUAUGCUGCCUCAUCUUUGUUCCACUAGAGGGCAGUGCAGGACAGAGGCUGAUCAUCAGACACACAUUAUUGCUCAGAUUUAAAUGUUUGAUUAUUAUUUUUUUAAUUUUUUGAUGAUCCAAUCGGAUGUAAAUCUAAUUCCAGGCGCAUUCUUAUGCAGACACACGUUUAAUAAAAUAUGUGAAACAGGAAA